GUGCUGCCCCUGUGCGCAAGCCCCGCACCCCCCUGGAGACCUUCAAAAAGCUGGGGGUCCCCAUCAUUGCAGCACUGCUGAGCCUGGCAACCAUCAUCAUUGUGGCUGUUCUCAUCAAAGUGAUUCUGGAAAAGCACUACUUCAUCUGCGGGCACCCGCUGACCUUCAUCCCACGGGAGCAGGUGUGUGAUGGUCAGCCCGACUGCGCCUUAGGGGAGGAUGAGGAGCACUGUAUCAAGGACUUCCCCGAGAGGCCUUCAGUGGCAGUCCGCCUCUCCAAGGACCGAUCCACCCUGCAGGUGCUGGACCCAACCACAGGGAACUGGGCCUCUGCAUGUUUCGACAACUUCACAGAAGCUCUGGCAAAGACAGCCUGUGGGCAGAUGGGCUAUAGCAGCCAACCCACUUUCAGAGCUGUGGAGAUUAGACCAGACCAGGACCUGGAUGUGGUGGAAGUCACAGAAGACAGCCAAGAGCUUCAGGUGCAGAACUCAAGUGGACCCUGUCACUCAGGCUCCCUGGUUUCUUUGCACUGCCUUGCCUGUGGAAGGCCCCUGAAGACUCCUCGGGUGGUGGGUGGGGAGGAGGCUUCUGUGGAUUCCUGGCCUUGGCAGGUCAGUGUCCAGUACGAUAAACAGCACAUCUGUGGUGGGAGCAUCCUGGACGCCCACUGGAUCCUCACAGCAGCCCACUGCUUCCGGAAGCAUCUCGAUGUGUCCAACUGGAAGGUGAGGGUGGGCUCAAACAAACUGGGCAACUUCCCAUCCCUGCCUGUGGCCAAGAUCUUCAUCACUGAGCACAACCCCUUGUCCCCCAAAGAAAAGGACAUUGCCCUUGUAAAGCUGCAGUUCCCACUCACGCUCUCAGCCACAGUCAGGCCCAUCUGCCUGCCCUUCUUUGACGAGGAACUACCUCCAGCCACCGCACUGUGGGUCAUCGGAUGGGGCUUUACAGAGCAGAAUGGAG